AUGGCUCCCGCUCGUCAACAGCCGGCGCCACCGCCAUUCAGCAAAGAUGAAAAGGUGCUGUGUUUCCAUAUGGACAUGCUCUACGAGGCCAAGAUCAUGGACGUACAGCCUGGUGAGAAGCCCAGUGAUGGAUACAAGUACAAAGUCCACUAUAAAGGCUGGAAGAACACUUGGGACGACUGGGUGCUGGUUGAUCGAAUCCGCCCAUUCGAUGAUGAGCACAAGGAACUGGCUGCACAACUUCACGCGCAGGUGAAGCAUAACAUCCAAAGAAGUACUAAAUUGCCCAAAAAGGGUCUUCGAAGCGGUGCCGAGUCUGCUAGAGUCAGCGAGGAGCGAUCAGGCUCUGCCACCGUUCAAGGGGGCAGAGGGGGACGACGAGGCAAAGAUUGGGAAUUGGAACAGCUUGAGAGUGUUGUUCUUGUACCAAAGGGUGAUGUUCUCACAAUGUCUCCUAUCCGCGGGCCUCCUGCCUUGCAACACUUUCCCAUCUCAAACGUUCGAGGUUCGACCGACGUGGCUCUGCCCAGCGAGUUUAUAGAACCUACUGAGCCUUCCAGAAAGAUCAGGUUGAAAAGCCUCAAAGGACCCAAGGAUCACCUUACUCGCCUCCCUCCCAAAAACCACCGCUACGUGACUUAUUCGGGGAAGACAGUCCAAGAUCCUCGCUACACUCAGCCCUUGAAAGCCGAAAACGAGCCUAAGCAGCCUCGUGAGAAAGCAUAUGAUCCUUCUAAAUCUGGUGCUGAGCCCAACCGAAGCCCAUCUGUCCAACUUGAGCCGGAGGAUUCCUUCCAUAACAAGCCAAUGAUCAAUCUUCCGGUUCCUGACCACAUCCAAGCCAUGCUGGUAGAUGACUGGGAAAACAUUACUAAGAACAACCAACUAGUCCCUCUCCCUCAUGCUAAGCCAGUUACCAAGAUUCUUGAAGAUUACCUCGCGCACGAGCAACCUCAUCGCGAGGAGGGGUCAUCGAGCAUGGAUAUCUUGGAGGAAGUCAUCGCCGGCUUUCGCGAGUACUUUGAGAAGGCUCUUAGCAGAAUUCUAUUGUACCGUUUUGAGCGCCAUCAAUACAUGGACCUGAAGAAGCUCUGGGAAAACACCGAGGCCAACACUGAAAUCACCAAUGUCUGCGAUGUUUAUGGUGCAGAGCAUCUCGCUCGACUCAUUGUCUCCCUCCCUGAACUAUUGGCGCAGACCAAUAUGGAUCAACAGUCCGUCUCUCGCCUUCGAGAGGAGAUCGGCAAGUUCAACGUCUGGCUGGGACGUAACGCCGAGACCUAUUUUGUCAAUGAGUACGAAACUCCUAGUCAGGAAUACAUCGACAAGGCUCGUAGCUGCUAA